GCAUCAAUCACAUCUCUGUCCUCUUUCCCUGGUUUCUCGCUGAGCGAAAGCCCGUUGUUGCUGUUACAUCCUACUCUCUUCCACUCCGUACAUAUUUCCUCGUUGCAAAUAACUUACUCAAAAUGGAUAAGAUUAAGGAGAGAAUGAACAACCUCCGCCUGGAGGCCGAGGAGGCUCAAGAGAAGGUUGAAGAACUCAAGACCAAGGUGAAGACGUUGGAGCAGGAGAACCUGGCCAAGGAGCAGGAAAUUACAUCCCUCAACCACCGGAACCAGCUUCUGGAGGGUGAGGUGGAGAAGCUUGAGACUGCCCUGAAGGAGGCCAAGGAUGCUGCCAACCAAGGUGCUCAGCACGAUACCCAGAACGAAGCUCUCCAGAGACGUCUCCAGCUUCUGGAAGAGGAGGCUGAGGAUGCCGACAAGAACCUGCGCGAGACGAACGAGAAGCUCCGCCAAACCGACGUCAAGGCUGGUCACUACGAGCGCAAGGUGCAGGCUCUCGAAGCGUCUCGCGACCAAUGGGAGAGCAAGUAUGAGGAGAUGGCUAAGAAGUACGCCGAGCUGCAGAAGGAUCUCCACGAGCUCGAGGUCUCCAUUAGCAAUGUCUAAAGGCCAGGGUGGCGCGGAUUACCGGCAACAGGGGGCCCCAGCUUUUUUUUCCCCCACAUAUACUAUCCUUUUAGCUUUCUAUCCCUGCACACCACAACCUGAUUUCUUUCGUUCCUGUCGGCAGAAGCGGCUUUGGCAGUCUCUGUCCGUCUUGUCAUCUAGCUGGCUUUGUUAUCGUUCCCAUCAACCGGUUUUCCGCUCGUCCUCGCAACCUUGUCUAUUCUUCCACUCGACGUCAAACAUUUUCAUCGUUGCCAGAAGGUACAUAGAAUAUAUUUAAUAGGAGUGCCCAUGUGCAUUGUCA